CCAAUCAUCUCCGUCCACCCCUUCUCUCUCUCUCUCUCUCUCUCUCUCUCUCUCUCCCCUCAUGUCUUCUUCCCUCUUCGAUGAAAGCCCAUAUAAACCAUAGCCCCCCUUCUGUCCCCUGCUUCCGAUUUUUUCUUUACCUUGUCUCUUAAUUCUCGUUUUAUUCUUUCUUUUUUUCUUCUUUUUUUCCUGGUCGGGUUUUCCGUUCUUCUUCUGGGUUCAUCUUCCGUUUGGUAUAUUUUUUUCUGCAAAUCGGGAGAUGCCCAGAAUCUGUUUCGCUUAGCUUAGAUUUCGUCCGAUCCAAGGAAGAAGGGUGUGGGACAAUUUUAUCCCCUGCUUUUGCUGUUGAUUUUUGUUGGGUCUCUUUCAUUUGUUUCUUGCUUUCUGUGAAAUCCUGGGUGGUUGGAAGUCAUGAGGUCAUGUGUGGAGCUGAGUGUGGUCGAGAGGGUUGAGGAUGGCGAGAGGGAGAAGAAGAAGAACAGGCGCCGAUCUAGUCGCCGCUCUAAGCAGAACAACUCCUCUGUUUCAGCUUCAGGUUCGGUCAGUGUUAGCCAAGGAGAAACAGUUGUAUCAACAGUUAUGUCAGCGUCAAUCAAAGACGCCUCGUCAAAUGAGAACACACCAGAAUGCCAUUCCUUCAGCGAGCAUGUUACGGGCCGAUCAUCUGACCCGGUGUUCAGUUCCAUGCCAACAAUGCACAUCAAUGAACAUGUGGGUCCUAGAGAAGUGCCAAGGACACAAAAUCCGAGUACAGUUGUACCUAGUUCUGGAGGAAGAGUUUUCUCCAAAUCGUGCUCUGAACCAGUUGCUUGCAGAGAGCCAUCUGAGGCAUGCUUCACUAAGGAUUCACAGAUGGGGCCCUACAAUCACUCGAGCCCUUUCAAACUGCACUGGUCUGGGGAGUGUGUGAACGAGGCGCUAGAGAGAGGUGAUGUCUUCUUAGCGGUAUUCCGAGUGAAUGCCCAUAAUAGGCUUGAGGCCUACUGCAAGAUUGAGGGAGUUCCAGUGGAUAUUCUCAUUAAUGGAGUUCCGGCGCAGAAUAGAGCGGUUGAGGGAGACGUAGUGGCAAUUAAGGUUGAUCCUUUGCCAUUUUGGACAAGGAUGAAGGGAUCAAUUAGGCUUUCUAACAGUUCUGCCUUGACUGAAGACAGUACCAAUUCAGCAGAGAUGAGAGAGAUGUGUGGGACUAGCUGCAAAGGUAAAAAUAAGAUGGAGGGAGAGUUUGAUUCUGCUUGUGGUAGCAACAAUGUAUCCUCUGAGAGGUUCUCUGCUCAAGAGGGUAAGACUUUCUGCGAUGGAUGUCGCCCCUUUCCUUUUGAUGGUCCCAGCUCUGGCUUUGCCGAUGGACAGAAUCAAAUAAAUGAUCCAAUAGCUAAGAUCUGUGCUUUGAUUAGCUCAUAUCCAUCAAAGAGGCCCACAGGAAGGGUUGUUUCCAUCAUUGAGAGGUCUCCUCGUCGAGAUGCUAUUGUUGGCUUUCUGUAUGUUAAGCAAUGGAUUGCUCAUGAGAAAGGAUACUGGAGGGAUCCCAAGAAGAAUAAGAACCCAGACCACGACUACAUUGAUUUUAUGCCGAAUGAUGCAAGAUUCCCGAGAAUGAUGGUCCAUGUGGAAGAAUUGCCUGACUGCAUUGAGAAGAGAUUGUACAAGUUGGACGUGGGGAUUGAAAGGGAGCUGGUCGCUGCUCAGAUUGAAAGUUGGAGCGAGGAAAGUCCCAUCCCUCAUGCCCGUGUCUUACAUGUUUUUGGGCAUGGCAGUGAACUCCAACCUCAUAUUGAUGCAAUCUUAUUCGAGAACGCAAUAAAUUCAUCCGAGUUCUCAAGCGAGUCACUUUUAUGCCUUCCUCCCGUCCCUUGGGAUGUUCCCCGGGUCGAAUUUCAGACUAGGAUGGAUUUGAGAAGCUUGUCUGUCUUUACUAUAGAUCCUUCUACUGCUAUAGAUCUUGACGAUGCCCUAUCUGUCGAAAUGUUGACUGAUGGAAUCUAUAGAGUGGGUGUUCAUAUUGCCGAUGUAUCCUAUUUCGUGAAACCGGACACACCACUGGAUGCUGAGGCCCAAGUUCGGUCAACGAGUGUUUACAUGUCAAGACAGAAAUUGCCGAUGUUGCCACCAUUGAUCUCCGAAGAUUUGGGCUCACUUAAUCCUGGACUUGAUAGGCUCACAUUUACAAUCUUCUGGGACAUUGAUGGCUCUGGAAGUAUUGUACAUCGGUGGAUCGGUCGUACUGUGAUACGGUCUUGCUGCAAACUUUCUUAUGAACAUGCUCAGGAUAUUCUUGAUGGUGUAAAUUAUUCAGACAACCUUGGCGGCCUUCCCCAGUUGUAUGGCAGCUUCAAGUGGUCUGAUGUUGUCAGAUGUGUUCACUACCUUAAUCAUAUUGCAAGAAUCUUAAAGGAGAAGCGGUUGAAGGAUGGGGCUCUGCAGCUUGAGAGCUCGAAAAUAGUGUUCCUAUUUGAUGAGGAUGGGAUCCCAUAUGACAGCAAGCUCAGUCAGCGGAAGGAGUCGAACUUUCUUGUUGAAGAGUUCAUGCUGUUGGCCAACCACACUGCAGCGGAAGUCAUCUCUAGGGCUUUUCCUGAAACCGCCCUUCUCCGGAGGCACCCAGAGCCAAACAUGCGUAAGCUUAAGGAAUUCGAGGCUUUCUGCACAAAGCACGAGUUAACGUUGGACACCUCAUCCUCUUCCCAGAUCCAGAAAUCAUUGGGGCGAAUCAAGGAGACCCUGAAGGAUGACUCUGUGCUACUAGAUAUUCUCAUGUCAUAUGCCUCGAGGCCUAUGCAACUGGCAAUGUACUUCUGCACAGGAGAUCUGAAGGAUAAUGAGGAUGACUGGGCCCACUACGCUUUGGCAGUCCCUUUCUACACCCACUUCACGUCUCCUCUGAGGCGGUAUCCUGAUAUAGUAGUUCAUCGAAUGAUGGCUGCAGCUCUGGAUGCAGAGAGGUCAUAUCUGAAGCAGCGGCGGGCUCUGGAGAGGAGGCCUGACGAUGCGGGCAGUGCAGUAAAUCGAUGCUUCACAGGCCUUUGCUUUGAUAAGAAUGCCGCGGAGUCUGAGGAGGCAAGGGAAGCAUUCUCAGCUGCAGCCUUAAAGCACAGGAUUCCUUGCUUGGAUAUACUGAAGGGCGUGGCUGCACAUUGUAAUGAGAGGAAGCUCGCGAGCAGGCAUGUGAAGGUUGCCUGCGAUAAACUCUACAUGUGGGUUCUUCUAAAGAAGAAAGAGGUGCUGUUAUCUGAAGCGAGAGUUCUUGGUGUUGGUCCAAGGUUCAUGUCUAUCUAUAUUCCACAGUUAGCUAUUGAGAGGAGGAUAUACUAUGAUGAGAUUGAAGGCCUGAGUGUGGAAUGGCUUGAGGCAACGUCCACUGUCUUGCUUACCCUGUCAGGACACAAAUCUUCCCGUAGAGCAUUUCCAUUUCCAAUGAGGAACACUAGGCCGCUUGAAGAAUCCGUACUGGUAGUGAGCCCAUUAGAGCUCAAUCAGGAGUCCAACUGCAGCACUUCCGCAGCAUCCCCAAGAGUGAGUUCCACUUCUGAGUCGGGCUUUGAAAUCCAACCACUGGCAUUUCCUGUAAUAGUGAGUCUCCUCUCUACAAUUCCCGUCGCGCUUCAUGCUGUUGGUGGGGAAGGUGGACCGAUCGACAUAUGUGCAAGGCUCUAUGGGAGCUCCUACCUUAGGUGAAGGCUUCCGUUGAUGUCUGUAGAUAGAAUGCUCCGAUGUUUUUUUUCUGGAGGAGACAUUCUUAGAUACUAGACGGGUCUUUGGGGCAUUUGCAGCUGAAAUUUUUAGCAAAAGCCGCAAUGCCGGAACAUGGCCAUUGUUUUAGUGAGGCCAGGUUCCUGACCAGGGUUUUAACUAGUGGUGUCUUGUCUUCCUUUCUUUAAGGACAGUUUUCAGUUCUGUCGUUCUGCUGUGUCCGUGAAGUGGUGGCUGUGUCUUGGUUUUACUCAGACUGCAGUUCACCUGGGUUAUCUUUUCGAACAUCGGGUGGCUGUUUCUUACUGUUUUUAAGAGUGACAUGGUAUUCUAAACUUUGUAAUUUCCUUGGUACUGACUGGAAGUAAUUCCAAUGAUGAAUAAUUGAACA